AUGGGAGCAGAUGCUGGAUUCGAUAUGGUUCCUCGGUUGUCACAGGGAGUCAAGGACCGUAUGAAGUGGGAGCGAUUUCUCGAAGUGGUAAAGCAGCACUAUGCCGGCGAUGGGCAAGUUGAGGUCGGUUCGCGCGUCAUAUAUUUCAAGGCCGGUGAAUGGCCAUCGCUUCCCAUUGAAGGACACAAGUUUUUGCGAUUUAGUUCGAAGAUCACAGGCAGAAUUGCGGCAGAGACCGGAGUCGAAAAUUAUAUCCGGGAAGUAAUGUCUAUGGCGAAGGCUUUUUUCGGAGGCCAGAUCCGCCCCUGGACCGAGUUGUGCGAUGAGUUUGGCUUCUAUAGAUGGGAUUUCGUCCACGCGUCGAUCAAGUCGUACGAGUCAGAAGUUCCUACUCCUGAGCCUAUCCCCAUUACAUCUGUCAAUAACCAAGGCACCGAUUGCGAUACCAACCUUUACAAAGUGAUGACGAUCCCCGGUCGAGGCAGAGGAUUAGUAGCCACAGUUGACAUCCCUAAAGGUACUCGAAUCCUUUGCGAGAAACCACUUCUUAAAGUAGAAAGUUCGAUGCCAGAGUUCGUGAAUCGCUGUGUAGCCGAGAAGCUCAAGCUACUUUCUAAAGAUAAGCAAGGGGGGUUCUUGUCUUUGCACAACAACUUUCCUGGCCCAUAUGCCUUCGCCGGCGUCGUCAGAACUAAUGCCCUCCCUUGUGGCCCAGGUUCUUCCGUCGGAGGUAUAUAUCUAACAGCUUGCUUCAUCAAUCACAGCUGUAUCCCAAAUGCCCAUAAUAAUUGGAAUGAAGCGGCCCAGUAUGAGACGAUACAUGCAACCAGGGACAUCCUCGUUGGAGAAGAGAUCCUGAUCUCUUAUGCGGCCGAGGGAUCAUCGCAGACUCGCCAGCAAAGGCUCAGAGAAAGUUUUGGUUUUCAAUGUUCCUGUGAGCUUUGUUCUCAAUCUCCUCAGGUGAUUCAAGCAAGCGACAAACGACGUGCCGAUAUUCAGCGACUCGACGAAACGAUAGGUGACCCGGUCGCCAUGAUGAACAGCCCGCAAAAGAGUCUGGCUGCCUGCCAUAACCUUCUCCAGAUUCUUGACAAGGAGUAUGCGGGUGCAGUGAUCGCUCUCUUGGCAAGGCUCUACUAUGAUGCUUUUCAAAUUAGUGUUGCACACGGAGACCAGGCUCGGGCAAGUGUGUUUGCUGAACGUUCAUACAUGUCACGAGUUGAGUGCGAGGGCGAGGAUAGUCCAGCAACCCAGUGGGUUAAAAGCUUGAUGCAGAAUCCGACCAAGCACUCCACGUUCAAUGCAUACUCAACAAAAUGGAGGACUUCCAAGACCGCCAGACCGAGGAACCUUGAUGCGGAUAGCUUUGACAAGUGGCUCUGGCGACUUUCAGCCUAG